AUGACUUCGACGCAUCCCACGACUUCCCCCAAUUCACCACUGGACGGUGCCUCAGCCGGAGAUCGAGCGCAUCAUCAGCCCUUCCGCCUGCUCGACUUACCAGACGAGCUAUGGGUCAAGAUCGGGACGAUGGCGAUCGACGGCCUCCCAGGAUCCCACGUUACUGGCCACCUCAAGUGCGACCUCAAACAGCCAGCAAUCCUCCAAACAUGCGCUUCGCUCAGGAGUGAGCUGCGACUCGACUACUUCCGAACCAAGGUGUUCAUCAAUCCGCAAAUGGCCGUCCUCCUGAAACAUCGCCAGAAAUACGGCGAAUAUUUGCACGCGAUCGGGGCUGAUGCCCGCCAGCUCAUUACAAUUCGAUUCAAUGGCGGCUGGUACGAGCCAAAGGAUUUCAGCCCUGAGGUCAAGAAGAAGCUGAAGGCUACCUUACAGGGGGCAUGGCCGGGAUUGAAGUUCAAGCUCGAUUCGGAGUGGAUCGGGAUCAAGUACUUGAAGCGCCGGUGGUCGAGCAAGAUGGUGGAGUGGACGAUUUCAUUCUUGUGA